AUGGACGACUUGCCCAAAAUGCUUGAAUCUUAUUGGGACAACUUCAAGCAGCUCCACCCCACACAUCAAAUCUUCAAUCUGCAAGUUCCCUUGAGCCGCUGUCUCCCAGUGCUUUUGCACGGGGAUGAAGGAACCACUUACAAACGAGAUGGGGCAUUGGUACUAUCAUUUCAAUCGCCACUGGGGAGAGGCACCUCCAAGAACAAAGUGGGCAAUGUGGCCGGCGACAACAAACAGCUAUUGAACUUCGUUGGGCAUGCUUUUCAAAGCAGGUUUUUGAUUGUGGCUGGUUUAAAGGAGGACUAUCGAAACAAUCCGGAUAUUUACAAGCAGUAUUUGGAGUUGGCUACAGCCUCGUUGGAUGAUGCAUGCCGACAAGGGGUCCAACUUCAAUCAGGUCAAAUGCUGCAUCUCGUACCUGUUGGCCUGAAAGGCGAUUGGUCCUUUCUGGCCAUCAUGGUGUACUUCCUCAUCAACUAUGACAGCACUCCGGAAGGUACCUCUGGACCGGCGGUGCUAUCCGGCGACCGCUUCAUGGAUUUCAUGAAGUGGUUCACGCUGAUCUACACCUCCAUCCUUUGGAAGGCUUUGGUCAGCUGGUCGCUGAUCACCCCAACAGCAGCACCUUGGCUGGAAGAAGUGAAGACCUGGUGGGCAGCGGUGGUUGGCACGGCGUUCUUCGUCAACAUCCACGUCGUCUUGCAGGUCCCUUUCACCGCAGAGAUCUGGCGUUGGGUGGUGUACGCCUUGCUGGCUCUGCUGCAGAUGCUGAUGUCCGCCGUGGUGCAAAGGACGGUGCCAAUGGUGAUGGGGGCUUUGGGCGCCUUCGUGGUGGCCUGGAAGAUCGGCUUCGAGGUGUCCGAAGCACUCCAGUUCGGCUCGCGCGAAGUGCAGUAUCUCACCACCUUUGCCAUUAUCGGCCUCGAGGGGGUUGGAAUUAUCCUUGCAGCGAUCGCCUUCGCACGGAACCGCGACAAGGUCCAGGAUUGGGUGCGCGGUCUGCUCUGUUGCGGACCCUGCCAAAAGAAGACCCAGCCGGAAGAUUAA